CCUGAAAGGAAAACAUUAGGGUGGCGGCCAUAUUUUCGCCCCUCCUUUAACGCCCCUUUUUCCUCCCCUCACAAGGACCUGCCAUGGAGGAGACAAAGAUCAUCUACCACAUAGACGACGAGGAAACGCCUUACCUGGUCAAGAUCCCCAAAGCUCCUGAUAAAGUGACGCUAUCCGACUUCAAAAAUGUCCUCAACAGACCGAGCUACAAGUUUUUUUUCAAGUCCAUGGACGAUGAUUUUGGGGUUGUCAAGGAAGAAAUUAUAGAUGAUGAUGCGCCGCUGCCGUGUUUCAAUGGCCGUGUCGUGUCCUGGAUAGUGUCAGCGGACAGUAGCGUUGUAUCAGACAAUGUGUCACAGUGUGCUGAGGUGGAGGGAGGAAGGCCGCCCCCUUAUCAUCAUGGAGAAACUACCAGUCAGCUUGAAGACUCUACUUGUACAGAAACAGAGAGCGUCAUCUCCACACGGAGAGAGCGGCACCACAGAAGUUCGCGACACCAUAAGUAUGAUAAGUACAAUGAUCGACACUGUGUGGAUCCAAUGCGAAUCAAUGGUCAUGGAACACGUGUGCCUCGACAUCAUGGUUACGAGUCCUCCUCCAUGAUCAGCUCAGACCUUGAGUCAACCAGCUUCUUUGAUUCUGAUGAUGAUGCAUCCAGUCGCAUCACUGCCACCACCACAGGAAGCAGUAGUGUGUCAAGGCUGCAUGCGCGACACAGGCGGAAAAAGCAGCGGCGCCACCGUCUGCAGCCCGCCAUGUCCCGCACCUCCUCCAUCUCCUCCAUCACUGACUCCACCAUGUCCCUAAACAUCAUUACUGUUACUCUCAACAUGGACACAGUCAACUUCUUGGGCAUUUCCAUUGUAGGGCAAUCCAGCAAAGGAGGAGACGGGGGCAUUUAUGUGGGAUCCAUAAUGAAAGGAGGAGCUGUGGCCCUGGAUGGUCGCAUUGAACCAGGGGAUAUGAUAUUGCAGGUCAAUGAUAUUAACUUUGAAAAUAUGAGUAAUGAUGAGGCUGUUAGGGUGCUGAGGGAAGUUGUUCAAAAACCUGGGCCUAUUAAGCUUGUGGUAGCAAAGUGUUGGGAUCCAAAUCCGAAAGGUUACUUCACCAUACCUCGAACUGAGCCUGUACGACCCAUAGACCCUGGUGCCUGGGUGGCCCACACACAGGCGUGCCGGGGACUGCCAGGUGAGUUCCCUGGCCGCCCUCCCUCGGUCAGCACCCUCACCUCCACCAGCUCCUCCAUCACCUCCAGCAUCCCAGAGUCUGAGAGGCCGUAUGAGGAAAUGAAACUUACAAUCAAUACUCCGAUGGACACUAUAGUGAGAACGAUGGCAGCUCCUGACUCGGGUCUAGAAAUCAGAGACCGAAUGUGGCUCAAAAUCACCAUACCUAAUGCUUUCAUUGGUGCGGAUGUGGUGGAUUGGCUGCACCAGAGAGUGGAUGGUUUCCAGGAUCGGAGGGAGGCUAGGAAGUAUGCAGCACAGAUGCUCAAGGCAGGCUACAUUAGACACACCGUGAAUAAGAAGGACUUCUCAGAACAGUGUUAUUAUGUGUUCGGUGACCUUUGUGCCAAUAUGAUACUCACAGGCUUAGCAGGGUUGAAGUUGGGCGAGGACGACACUCUGAGCGAGGCCGACAGAGACACCCUCGCCCCUCUGCCCCCACCCUCAGGCACUUCCCCCUGGGGUGGCCCACACAUGCCUUAUGCUGGCACUUAUGUCCCCCCAGCCACUGGCUUCACACCCAUGCCAUUUAAUUACACCAAUGAAUCCUUUGCAUUUAAUAGAGAUGGCAGUACUAACAGUGGCUCAGGUAGUAGUGGAGGAACUCAGAAGAAAGUGGAGAGAAAAUCUGCUUCUCCAGCCCAGAGUGGAAGUGACAGCGAAGCAAGCCAGCGCAGUGCCCGUCGGAUAGGGAGUGGUGGGACUGGCUCAGGCAGUGGUAGUGUCGGUGGAGGGGGCGGAGGUGGCGGUAGUGGUGGUGUAGGAGGGGGAGGGACAAUUGGCACAGGGGGAGGAUCUAGUGGUUCAGAGCGCUCCACAGCCACCACCUUGUCUCAGCCACCCCAGCAGCCCCACCUGCCUCACCCCUCUCUUCAGCACCCCACAGGUGUGCCUCAAGUGUUUGCCUCACACCCUCCACUUCCUCCCUCCCACCAAAAAGGAAUUCCACCUGUGUCACAGCCAAACACCACCCAUCCACACCCUUCACACCCUUCACACCCUCCACACCCUUCACACCCUCCACACCCCCCACACCCAACACACCCUCCUCCUGGCAUCCCUCCCCAGCCCCACAGUCUCCCAGGUCACCCAGCAGGUAUCCCUCCUCCACCCCACAGCCAUCCCCAUCCUCCUCCUCCCUUCCCUCAUCCUCAGUCUAGCCAGCCACACCCUUCGGCUCCCCCAGCGCGCCUAGUGGAGCAGAUGAGUCCUGACCUGGCUGCGAGUACCAACAGUUUCAACCUGGCAAUGGAUAACCCCUGCAACUUUUUUGUUGAUUCUGUUUGAAGCUUUAAUAAUUUUGAGGAGGACAUCCAGGGUUACCAGUUCAGUGACCGCAGCUAGUCACAUGGAGGAGGGCCAGGGACCCCAGCGCGAGCUUAAAUCUCAGCGAAAAAUGUGUCAAAUCUCAGUGGAAGCUGCUAAGUGUUAUCAACCUAAGUGAUGUAACUACCUGCUUCAUGUUGCUUCUCAAAGGCCUUGCCCCCAAGUUGUGCUUCAGAACCUGACCGAGAUGAGUGGCUAAAGUGCCAUAAGGGAGUUUAGGUAGGGACUACAAUAACUCAGCCCUAAUAAUAUACUAUAUUUUUAUAUGAGUGUAUCAACAGUUAUCCACCGGCAGCUCAGUGUGACUGUGGAUUCUUUCUCCAGCAAAAUCAGAAGACAUCUCAUAUACUCUAUAUACAAGACUUCACAUACUUGAUUAUGUGCAUUGUGAAAAGAUAAUCUUUAAGUGGUAUUGAUACCUUGAGGCUUAGUCGUUGUCAGUGAGUAUCCAUAAGUGAUCUGGAGAAAGUAUUAUACAAUGAACUCUCUGCCCAUUUGAACAGGGGAUAUGGAGACAGUGCAACUACUUCAUAAAUCUUUUUGCUUGAAUAAUGUAGCUUCACCAGAAUAUUGUGAUACGACUCAUGCAACAUUACAUAUAUUAAUCAAGGUAAACUGGAAAUGUGAAGUAUAUUGAGUAACAUUUGACAUGAUUAGUGACUGUGCUAAAAAUUGUAAAUGUGCAAAGUUCAUCAGUUUGUUCAUCAACUCCCUGCUCAUGAAAAGCCAAAAAAGGUGGGCUAGUGCUCUCUAAGUGCAAUUUACUAAUAAGAAGCAUCAAAAAGAAUGGCUUCAAGAGUCAAUUCAAGGUUAUUAUGCAAUAAUGUAACAGAACCACUACGUGGUGUCCCAAAGUAGCUUAAUGAAUUACAUCCAAUUAUGCAACUUUGUAAAUGUAAAGAUAUUGUUCUUGACUUUUUUUUAAGGUGCAUUGUUAAUUCUCUGCUCUUAAAUGUAUUACCUAAAUCUUUAUUUUAGGAAGAAAUGAUUACAAGGUCGCCAAAAUAAAUCGGGGGACUCAUGGAGUGGAUACUGAUAAGACUGAAACAUUUGUAAGGCUAAUUUGGUGGUGCAGAAUUGUUUUCUUUGUGAGAACAAAUGGCACUUGAGUGUUCACAAACUAGGGAAGAAGUAUUCACACUUCUGAUUUUUGUCAUGAAAAUCAAGACUCAGCGUGAGUAGUCACGGAGUGGGCUGUGAGUCCGUGUUUUCCUUGACACACUCAUUGAAGUGCAGCUACCAAAAUAGUUUUGAAACCCUUGAUUUUAUUGACAGGCAAACCUUUGAGUUCCAAGCACUUGUUAACAUUUCUUUAUGGUAAAGUAAAUUGCAUGUGACUGUGAGAGAAGCAAGUACAUUUGAUAGGGCAAAAUAUUGCUUGUAUGGAAACUUUUAAGGGAAAUAUGUUAAGACUUACCCAAGCCAGUUUUAGUUAAAUGACAUUUAUCUGAAGACAUCAAGUUAUUCAUUCUCAUUCACAAUGAUGGUAAUGUAUACGACAUUGUUGUUUGUGACAUGUUGCCUUGUUUCAUGUUACGACAACAUAACUAUUGCUUUAAUUGGUUAACAUGUGGGCUGUAAGAUAGGGCUUGUGUUGUAAAGGACGAGCAGCUAUGACAUCAAAAGUAUAAGCUAACAUGGUUGUGGCAGAUUAAUGCUAGAUAUGUGGUGUGUGCUGGUAAUCUGCUUGAUGCAUGAAGUAGCCAGGGAAAUUGUCAAGUUGAUCUAUGACAAAAAAAAUGUUCAGUCCACCAUUUAAGCAGUGUGAGUGCUUAAUGACCACUGUGCUUUCAUUUCUGUACAUAAUAUUUGUAAUUUUUGGAAGAUGAGUCUAAGAAAGGUGAUAGGGCAUAAAUUCAUUAUGUAUACUGUUGUCAUCUAUUACAAGUAGAGCAGAAUUGCCACUUAUGUAUGAGAUAUCUCCCCAAGACCCGAUGAAAAGCUGAAAGUCCUGUGAAAUAAGAAGUUGAUAUCCUGGAAAAUGAACCAUCAUUCAGCCUGUACAUGAUGGCUGGUACUUGCCUUGCUUAUAUAACAAAGAACUCUAUUUAUUCCAAAAACUGUCAAGUAGUAAAACUAAGAUUAAUUGUUCUCUUGUGUUAUGCAACUAUUUGACUAUUGGUAUGGUAUCUUCUUUUUUUCUGGAGCAAAACAGAAACUACAAAGGCAUAAGAUUACCUGAGGCUGGAUAUAUGUCACCUGCUGGUUCAGGUUUAAGUAAUUUUUCAAUCAUUUUGUGUACAUACAUGCACCACAACAUAUAUGCACAGUUGUUAUGAUUGAACUUGAAUCUUCACAUUUGCUUUCAUUUCAUUACCUAUUUCUCAUUUGAGAUGCCUUAUCAAGAAUGGUUGAUGAUGUUAAAACGGAUCUCGUCUUUCUUACUCAUUUAUCAUUACUGUUUCCUGCUUCAGGGAAGAAAAUACUAGCAUAGAUGCUAUCCAUGUUGAAGAGUGAAUGAGCACAGAACAAGUUGUCCCAGUCUCAUAGUAAACAAAAAAAAGAUGAUAUGGUGACAGUCGUUUGAAUUUGUUAAAUUAUGUUAAGUAAGCAUAACACUGAAGUAAAAAGAAUUAGUUUUUGCCCUUGCAAAAAAAUAUUGUUGGGCUACUCUACUAUUAAGGUUUUUGUUCUUUAGUUUUGUAAUUAAAGUACAAGUAUGUUUAAAGAUAAUAUCUACAUAGGUGGCAAUUCUACAACUGCCUUGCCUAAGUUUCAAAACUUUCAUUGUCAAAAUUUAGAUACAGAAUUAAUUUUGUGUGCAGUAACAAUAAUAAUAUUAAUGAGGAAUGAAAGAGCAAGCAAAUUCCAAAUGGUUGGUUGAAGCAGAGGCUCUGCUCCUUGGUAGCCUUGGUAGGAGGUGUUUGCCCUAGCUUAUGAAUUGCUACUCGUCACAAGUACUAGUGGUUCAUGAGUUCCUAAUUUUUGUGCAAAAUUGUGGCAGAGAUCUUGACAAGGACGUUUAUAGCACAAACUAUUAUUAUCACUAUUUCUUGCUGUUUACAAGUUACUUUAACUGUUAAUUAAUUAUAUUAUGUGUACUACAUUUGUUAAGUUAUAAUGAGCUUUUUUAAUAUUAAUCUAAUUAUUGGCAGCUUCUUAAUCAAGUAGUGAGAAUUUUAAAGCACAACUUUGAUUAUGUUUCAGGGUGAACUUUUGUCAUCUAAUUGAAGGGCUGGAAGUCACCAUAUCAUACUGUAAAUAUAUGAAAUUUUACCGUGUACCAUUGUGUCUUCGCUUGCAGCCUGUGAUGCAAUCAGCCAGACAAUAAGUUUCGUCUUAGCGGUAGUUUUCAGUAUGUUGUCUCUGCCAUUUUAUUGUGAUUUAUGUCUUGUUCCUUUACAUUUUGUAAAUGUAUUUAUGUACAUAGAAAAGUAUGAAAGAAUCUUCUUUACUGCAGAAUGGCUUCUGCAUAUCUGUGACCAUAAUAUAUGCUGGAUAUAUAUAGAGUCUACUUUAAAACAUAUAAUUACAGUCUCAUGAAAUGCCCCCAUUGAUGAAUGGUUUUAUACAGAAGAAAAUAAGUAAUUUAAGCUACAACAGAAUGAAAGGGGUUCAGGUUGAGUGGCAGAAGGAAAAUUAAGGAGGAAACCAAGGAUUCAAGGUUCUACAACUGUUAAUUUUUUUAACUUUUACAUACUCCUGCUUCAGGGAUACUCAUUAAUGCUCUUAAGUAUGUGUUGCAUAAUUCUUGUCAGUGGAAUACCAUGACGACCUGUAGAUACAAACCAACUUGCUUUGCUGGUACAGGUGUAUUAUGUAUUUUUAUUAAUUGGCGCAGGAUUCAACAUUAUCUGUUCAUUGAGGAGCAACCCAAACAAGUCUGACUACUUCUGUUGUGCUUCGUUGAUAACGGUUCGGAUUUGUACUCCGUGGGAUCCAUUCUGGUUCUUAUAAUUGUAAGUCAUAGAGGUCAAAAUAUAUACUUGAACAUGU